AUCAUAUUCACCUUUCUACAAAAAAAAAAAAAAAACAAAAUGGACAAUAGCUGCUGUCAAAACACCGAAAUAAAAUCAAACACCGUUCCUUACCAACCCUAAUAAAAUUCUUAAAUGGCUGCCUUAUCCGGCCACACUUUCAUACAACUUUAAUUAAAAAAAAACUCAAUAUUAAAAUAAUAAAAAAUAAAAAUACAGCAAUUUUGUUUUUAAAAACUAUUCUAUUCAAAGUCAUAAACUUUAUACUUUAAUAUGCCACCGCAAAUAAAAAACAUUCUCCACAUAGUUGUCAUUCUACACAUUUUUCUAAAUGUCACAUUUAUAAAUUCAGCUGUCAUUAGAAGAGAACCACGAUCAAUAACAACAGAUAAUGGCACAGUGUCUGCAAUUUCUGCAGACAAAGAACUAGAACCUGCAACUGCUAUAGGACUAGAAGAUGAUGGAAAUUUAUUACUUGAAACAUUAUCUACAUAUGCUAAAGAUGACACAACGACGACAAAAAACACGCUUCAAGAUUCCAUAACUACCGGAAUAUUUGGCGAAGAAAACAAACGCGAUGCAAGGUUGACAGAUUUAAAGUUGGAUGAGAAUACUGUAAGUUUGUCCUUGGAUAGUGAUCAAAAACCAUCUAAGGUAGCAAUUGAAGAUGAAAAUAAGAAUGAGUCUGUGAAGAGUAAAUCUCAGGAAACUACAACAGAAGAAAUUGAAGAGAAAUCUACAAUUACUGCGUCAGUGAAAGAAACCACAACAAUUUCGCCGGUUAUAGAAGAUGAAAAAACUACCUUAAAGCAAAAAGAAGAAGAAAAAGAAACAUCUACCGUCUUAUUUGACACUACAACACAGUUUGAAUCAGCUGACAGUUCAAAAGUCAAAACUGAUAAAGAUGAUAACAUUGGAACAACUCUUGAAAAUUUAGUUGACACUACAACUAAAACAGAGGUAAUAUCAUUUGAAGAAACAACAAAUGUCAGUGCUAUUGACACAACUGCAAAAACAAACCGAACAACUGCAACAGAAGUAAUUCCAACAACAAACGCAGUUGAAAAUGAUUCAACCAUAAUAACAACAACACAAUCACCUACCACUAAGGAAAUUAAUGUAAAAGUAACAGAACCGUUAAGCACACAAAAUGGACUAAUUGACACAUCAACUGAGCUAAUCGACGAUGACGUUUCUAAAACAUUUGCCACAAAUGAACAAAAAGCAAUGAAAAUCGAAAAGGAAGUAACAACUGAAUCGAUCUUAUUGGAUAGCAAAAAUCAAAAUACUGAUAAACAAAUACAACCAGAAGAAACCACCGAAUUUCUUUCAACGUCAACGGAAAUUUCUGAAGAUGAACAAUCUACUGUCACAAUGACAGUUCUACAAUAUUAUAAAACGCCAACAAACGAUACAAAAAAUUCGAAUUCUUCGUCAACUGAAAAACGUGGCAAAUUUAUUGGAAACAAUUAUAGUUCAUUUAAUGAUUUCCAUUUGCCAAAUACCAGUGAUGUUUGGGCAUUAGCAGGUUUGAGAUCUGUUGGAAAAACAAAGUCAUCCGAACUUCAAAAUAGUGUUGAGACUUCUGAAGAAAAACCAAUGAACAGCUCGGUGGUGACAAAAAAUCUACACGACUGGACCCGUGUUAUGGAAACCUCUCAUGAUAUCGAGUCUAAACCUUCUCUUAAAAUGAUGGAAAAUAUUGAAGAUUCAACCACCGAAAUAACCACUAUGAUUACUCCUGAAACAGAUCCCAACACUACUGUCAAACCAGAAAUUGAGAUGUCAACCGAGAUAAACACUGAAAUGCCAAUUAAACAAGAAGCCAUCGAAUCCAAGUCCAAUCUAGACAACGAAGUUGAACUUUCCACAACAGAAAAAGUCGAUUUCACUACAACUGUUAUAGCUGUCACUUUAAUAGACGAAAAAGAAACAAUCACAAACCCAACAGAAUCUCAAAAUGUAGACAAUAAUUUUGAAACUUCAACCGACAAAUAUGAAAAGAUUGACCAAAUAACAACGGAAGACAUUCUAUCAACAACCACUGAUACAAGUUUUCUUCAUGCAUUAAAUAAUCACGAGAAAACCAUAGAGGAAAACAAAGUUGAUGGUGACAGUUUUGAAAAAGAAAUAAUUCCACUACCAACGACCACAGCAGCAGCGGUAAUACCAACAACCACAACAACGACCACGGUAACCCCUAUACCCCAAAUAAUGACAGUGAAAACAGAAACAACCGAUUCACUUGUCAAUGGCGAAAUCACCCAAGAAGCAAAUGCCGGCACGACUUCUUUGUCAAUCUCAUCAUCGUUAUCAGAUUUCACUACAUCGAUGCCCUUUUUGACAACCACAGACGCCAUAACAAAGGCAACAAUAGUAGCUAUGACAGAUGUACAGACUACAACUCCACCUGUCACACUUUAUACUGAAUAUGAAACAAAUGAACCCCCAUCAAGCUCAAAUCCGUCGAAAAUAUCUACGCAAAGCACUUCCCCAGUUGCAGUGACGAUGGAUUCAUCGGCGGCAACAACAACAACAACGACAACAAUGACAGCUGUUACCGCUACUACACCAGCAAAAGCAAUAACAACUGAAACUGAAACAGAAACACAAACGACUGAAGCACCAUCACAUACUCCCGCAAUAAUCAGCAACGAUACGAUGAUGAUACAAAAAAGCAACAACAAUAAUUAUAACGAAUACGAGGUAGUGAGUAAAUCGACUGAAAAUUACACCGACAACAACAGUUCUACCGAAGCUUUUGAAGCUACCACACGCGUCGGGCUGCAUCAGUUUAACUGGUCAACAACAAACGCAAAUAUACCUACAACGGAAGUAGAUAAGUUAGAUGACAAUUUAGACGUCACAACUUUAUCGAAUUCAACAGAGGCUACAACUACUGCCAUUAGUACCGUUACAUUGGCGCCAAAAACUUAUCCAAUCGUAACCGAAACGGCUCAAACUGACGUUACUGAACCAUCAUCAUCAUCAACAACGUCAACCGAACAUUUGGAUCAUAUUGAUCCAAUUCAUAAAAUUUCGGACACGGCCGAAACGUCAAUCGAGAGUAAUGUCAUCGAUCCAUUGCAAGUGGGCGAUACAUCUACGGCAGCGACACCAACAACAACAGCAACACCAACGACAACGGAAAGCAAUCAAGACAAUAUGAAAAUGUCUCCAACGGAUAGGGGAGACGAUGAUUCUGUCCAUUUAAUAAUAACAACAACAACAACAACUACAGAAAGAACGUCAACGACAACAACCUCGACUUCGAAUUAUGAUGAUUCAGCGACAACAUUCGAAUCAAUAUCGACAAAGAAAGAAGAUGUAUAUUCAAUUGUUCCGACAAUCGAUAAUGAUGGACAAGGUGGUGGUAUAUUCAAUGUUCCAAAAUUUGUGCUCGAUGAUACAAGCACCUUAAUGCCCCCUGGAGAACUGGGAAUCGGUGUUGGCGGUGGUGGUGGUGGUUUGCAGCCAAUGGACUCACCAGAGGCCCAGGAAACUGAUGUUAAUGUCAUAAUUGCCAUAUCAGUGAGUACGGUGGGAAUCAUCGCCCUCAUAUUGUUGGUAGCUUUUUUGUAUGUGAUGCGGAAGAGACAGAAGCAGAUGUCAUACGGACAAAGGUGUCGACCGGUCAGCUUGGAUGCGUAUAGUUUAGAUAAUGUAUCGGUGUAUAAUAGUGUACGACGUAAGGGGGCAACAUUGAGGGCGUCCAAGCGUUCCUAUGGUAAUGUUGCUUUUGAUGAUCCUUCUCUCAGACACAAUGUAUUAGGAACGCAUGAAUUGGCAAGGUAUGUGGAGAAAAAAUCAAGCAUAUGGGAGGAGUUCAAAGAGGUGCCACAAAUAAUCGCAAGAGCUGAUGAAGUCCCAGCAGGAUGUGAAGACAAGAACAGGUACGCCAAUGUUAUACCUUUGCCAGAAACAAGGGUUAUACUUCAGCAACAGAAUGGUGACGAGAAGAGCGAAUAUAUCAACGCCAACUAUGUCAGGGGUCCAAAAGACACAACGAAUUAUUACAUUGCAUGUCAGGCACCUCUAGAAACAACUGUCAAUGAUUUUUGGCGAAUGAUAUGGGAACAAAAUUCUCGUGUCAUUAUAAUGGCAACUGAUCUCAUCGAGAAUGGCAUUGACAAGUGUGCUGAAUAUUUACCACCAUCGGUGACACUUGACAAUCAUACAGUUUUUGGUGAUUAUCAAGUAACAUUGAAGCAUCGAGAAGUCAAAGAAAAAUAUGCCAUUUCAACGUUGAUGCUCAAGAAUACUGAUGGCAAUGAAGAGAGUCGAGAAAUUACCCACUAUUGGUAUCAGUGGCCUGAAACUGGUGUACCUACAGAUGAGGCUGCUAUAAUUGCAAUGCUUCUUGAGGCAAGAAGUUCCCUUAAGGCUUCCACAAUCGAACAGAGCGAUAUUAAAAUUGAAAAUUUUACCGCUGAAGAUGAUUCAUCGUCGGCGAAGAUUGAAAUAAAUGGAAAUGUUGCAUCGGAAAAGUCAAAACCAUCAACAAAGGAUCAAGGCCCCCUUACGAUUCACUGCUCUCCAGGUACGGGCCGAACUGGAACCAUUCUAGCAUGUGAUAUUGCCAUGCGCUGCCUUGAAGAACCCAAACGUACCGUUGAUAUACCCCAGAUUGUCUACAGUGUACGACGAGGCCGAGCCAGUGCCGUCCAGACAAAGGAACAAUACGAAUUUAUUUACAAAGUUACCCAUAUGUAUGCAACGAAAAUUUCAAAUAUAAACAAUGAUAAUUAAUUUUUUUUUUUGUUAAACAAAUUAAAGUGCUCUCGAAGUUUGUCUUCUUUAUUUUGUAUUUUUUUUAUUUUUGUUUAAGCUUUAUUCACAAAAUAAUUAAACAAAAAGAGAAACAGAGCUUAGAUUUAACAAAUUCCAAAAGAGCUAUAUAAUAUGGUAUUCCUCUCUAUUGUGAUAUAAAUAUAUGUAUAUAUAUUUUUUUAAAUUUAAAUUUGUAUUAAAUAUUAUUUUUGUUUAUUUUGUUUGUUUGAUUCGCCACGCAGUGCCGUUAAAAAGAAAAAUAUGCUACAUUCAACUAAAUUAUGUUGUUAAUGUCAAAAAUUAUUAUGCUUCACAUUUAUUGUAAUUAUUAUUAUGUAUUAUUAAACAAAAAUCAAACAUAAAUUGUGUAUACAAAAAUAUAUAUUUAAAAAAAUGGUAUUAUUCAAAAAUAUUAUAAUAUUUUAGUUUUUAAGAAAACAACAUUGUAAAUUUCUAUUUGUAAAUAAUUAUAAUAUAAACUGUGUUAUGCGUACAUUUAUUCAUAAAAGAAUUAA